AUGGUCACCAAGCUGAUGGACGUGGCAGAGAUCCGCUUCACGCAGGUCGCCGAGCACGUCUACGAUACCUUCAAUGCCAACUCGGAGAGAGCUGGCAGUGUCUUAGACCUCAUGGAGUCGAUCCUGAAAGGUGACAAGACACCUUGGGACAUUCCGCUCAUCCGUGUGGCCGCCAAGAAAGGUGCCUACUGGUGCGUGGACAACCGUCGGCUCUUCACCUACAAGCACCUACAGCUUGGGAUGAUCCCUGUUGAGGUCUUCAACUGGAAGGACAACCGGGAGUUCGAGCUGAAGUACAAGAAUGGCCUUCCGUACCGGCAGCAGACGAGCAACGGACUCCGCAUCGGCCUCCUCCAGCGGAGCGGCAGGCCCUUCCCGAGGAGUCCCGUGGCCGAGCCGACGCUGUCGAAGUUCACCAAGCUCUUCAGCGCGGUGCAGCAGCGGAAGCAUGAGGCCCAGAUCGCCACGCUGGCAAAGAAGCGGCUUGAGGAGGAUCAGACACCAGCGGGUGGGGCCUCUACAGUGGCGACAGCUCUGGAGGAUCUUCUCCAGGGCGGCAAAGGGGGCGAGGGGGAGGUGCCCGCUGACCCUCCUGCAGCCCGGAAGAAGAGGAAGCGGAAGAAGGCACCGGUGCCCAAGGCCAAGGCCCAGAAGUGCACCGAGGAGGCUGCCAUGCCUGGCGAGAAACUCACUGUCACCAUGGCAAAGGAGGACUCGGAUGAUGAGGAGUUCGAUGUCGAGAUCACUGCGCCCGUGUGA